AUGAAUUAUUCCUUCCUACGAACCAACAAUUACCCCCUACCUCUCGUUCCGCCCCUCUCUUUAUUUCCCUAUCUCUCUUAUUUCUUUUCCUUCUCUUAUUCUUUUUCCACUCUCUUUCUUCCUAUCUUUUUUCAUUCUUUUUCACUCCCUCUCUACUUUCCCUUACUCUUUAUCCCAGCUUCUCCCUAUUUAAUUUCUCUCUCACACUCUCUUCCUCUCUCAGACUACUACUCCAUCUCCAACUAUUUCUCCUUAUGUUUCUCUCACUCCCUCUCGAUCAUUUUCCCCCUCACUCCUAGUUUCUUCUCCCUUUCCUUCUCUUACUUACUCCUCCUGUUUCCUUGUCAACGCAUUUCUUUCUACCUCUCUUUCCACCUCUCUCUCUCUCUUCUCUCUCUCUCUCUCUCUCUCUCUCUCUCUUUCCACCUUUCUCUUUCCACGUCUCACUCUAUCUCUUUCCACAUCUCUCUCUUUCCAAUCUAUCUUUCCACCUCUCUGUGA